UUCGCUUCAAUUAAAUCGCGCUGACGUUAUGCACCGAAAAGGGACAGAAUUGUGUGUAUAUACAUUUUUGAUGCGGGUUCAGUCGUCCAUAUCUGAUGAUCCACGUGUAUAUAGGCAUCUACAUGUAUUUUGACAGUAUUUAUAUUUGAAUGGUUAUAUGGAGAGUAGUUCGCAUUUGGAGUGAAAUUUCAUAUUGUUGAAUUCUUACGGUUCAAGUCGUUAUAAACGCGCUUAUGAAGUUGUCGUGAAAUAUGCUUUGAAAUGAAAAGAAAUGUGACGACGGAAGAACAUCGAAAAUCAUUAUUAGAUAAAAAGGUUUAAAAACACAGUGCAUGCGACAUAAUGUUGGCUAUGUAUCUCAAAGGAAUAAUACUUACGUCAAGGUAACACAUUAAUUAAACACACGUAUUAUCGAAUAACAUUCCAAUAUCAAAUAUACAUUACUAAUUCGAAUAUAAGGAUUAACAUGGAUAUUCAAUUCAAGUUAUAAUUCAUCCAUAAACCCAAUUAUCAUAAAGUGUUAAGGAAGUCAGUGUUCACAUGUAAAAUAAUAAUUUUAAAAAGACGGCAAUUAAAUCAUUUUAAUGCGAGAAAUGACAAACCGGUCGGGAAGGAUUCCCCCACGCAACGGAAGUGUGGCUUUCAUAGACUCCGUGGGGAAACGGAAGGGCUUUCGGCGCACCAUCACCCGUUUUGCCGAGAAGACCUCGAUGGUAGGAGUUCCUUAUAUCAACAGGGCCAAGUUCUGGUGGGCGAAACUCAUCUGGAGCAUCCUGUUGCUCGGUGCUAUUGCCGUCAUGAUCCUUCACCUGUGGUACCUCUUCGACCAGUGGUACUCGUGGCCCAAGCAGACGAACGUGGAGCUUGGGUUCAGCGCCCUGGGGUUCCCACAGGUCACGAUCUGUAAUACAAAUAUAAUGAAAAAGCACAGACUUGAGACGUCUAAUGAGUCUCAAGCCUGGCCUUUAAAGAAACUGGCUAAGGAUAUGAACCCCGAAAAUCUUGUUCCAGAUCAGUUCGAUAGCAACUAUGUACCCGAAAGCGGAAAUAGCACAUCUGUUCGUCGGAAGCGUUUCGUUGAAGGGUACGCCAAGUUAAAUACGACGGAGUACCAAGAAAGCUAUACGAACAAGUACAAGUGGACGGUGGAAGGCGAAUACGCUGGUGAGGUGGACCAACAGUCGCUUAUUGGGGACAUGUUUACGGGCCUCUACAUGAACCUGUCAAAGCGUGCACGAAUGGACCUGGGUCACCAGAUCAGUGAUAUGCUCAUUAGUUGCACUUUCGACGAGAAACAGUGUAACGCAAGCAUGUUCGAGCUCUACCAGACAUCGAGUUACGGAAACUGUUGGACCAUUAGCAACAAAGAUUUCACGGCCAAGCAGACCGGGCCGAAAGGAGGUCUUUCACUCAUCAUGUUCCUUGAGGCGGGCCAGUACCUCAAGGGAUUCACGACAGGGUACGGUGUAAGAGUACAAAUACAGAAGAAGGGGCAAGUUCCCUUCCCUUUCGACGAGGGCCUCCACGCGGCGGCUUCGUUUGAAACGGACAUAGGCAUGAAAUUGGUGUCUAUGACAAGACUUGGUGGUAACUAUGGCAGUUGCAAUGACGGGGUAGAGUUCAGCAAGAAGUACGGCUGGGAAUAUUCUAGAAGGGCAUGUCAACUAGACUGUUUGAACACCGUGAUAAUAAACACAUGUGGAUGUUUUAACGAAAAGACCGAAGGGAAUGAGGAAUUUGCAUUGGCUGGAAAUUCGGACAUAAAACCUUGCCGCUGGGAACGAGAAGUACGCUGUCUCGUGAACAUCACUAGACAAUACAUGAACAAGACAAUAACGUGCAGCUGCCAUGACCCAUGCAGAGAAUUUGCGUACACAAAGACGGUGAGUCAACGACAGUGGCCGACAGCUGAAUAUGCGCGUGUUUUACUGCAAUCUGUGUGUAACAGGGAUCCGGUGGUCUGCAAGAGUCUCCGCGAGGACAUAAACAAUACCCAAGUGCUCAACAAUAAUUUCCUAAAAUUGAACAUUUACUAUGAAGACUUGAACUAUAACAACAUCACCGAGUCACCCCAAAUAGAAACACAGCAGUUUCUGUCAGACGUGGGAGGAGCGAUUGGACUCUGGAUCGGCCUCUCCAUACUGAGUCUAUGCGAGUUGAUACAGCUCUUCGUGGAGCUCUGUAACUAUGGCAUCCACAGAAUCGGCAAAGGACGCCGCCCGGAAACCGAAAGGUAUGAUCGACGUGGCGACCGAUCCUACGGCGACAGUAACGGUAAAAAUAUUGGAAAGAGCAAUCACAGUCGAGGGGAAAAUGGCUGCAAAACACAUUGGCGCGAACAAGGAAUGUCGCCACAUUUUGACGGACGUUACGGGUCACGUGAUUUUGGGUCAAGUGACUAUGAUCAAUAUACUGACCUGGGCAGCGCCGGCGGCAGAAGACAAGGGCGUUUUCCGCAUGAUUUAGAGCGUGAUAGUCGCGGUGAUGGCAGACGGCACUUGAGAUGAAUACGAUUACCAUACAAGAUAACAUUUAAUAGAAAAGUAUGAAUGAAUAUAACUGUGUGAUGAUGUGCGUAAGUGUGACAAUUUUAAUUGAGUGUGACAAUGUGGCGUGUUGUCCACACCUGUACAUGUUAAUGAGCCAUGGUCUCAUGGAUAACGUACUCAUUUGUCUUGUAAUUCCAGGGUAUAUAUUGCUUUAAAGAUUACAUUUGUUUGUGACAGUGAAAUUGAAAAUCAUUUUCAGAGUCUGCUUAUCAUUCACGAACUUGAUAUUGACGUCACAGAAUAGCACACUUUCAAAUAAGUAAGACAUUGGACAUAGAAUCAAUUAUUCAUCUUUUAUGACAUUCAGGAGCCACUGGCCGGAUGUAUGUAAUGCAUGUACCUUGUAUACUGAUUCUACAUUUUAGUACACGUGUAGUUAAAUGUUUAAUAGAACUAAACAAGAAAAAGAACUUUGAUACUUUCGUUUUUUUUCCAAAUGUUUGUUUUUGAAUAUUGCUAGUAUUUGUCCACUGAAAUAAUUAAGUGUAAUUGGUUCACUUAAUUAUAUCAGGGUGCAGAAUCAACGGGGUUUCCCGGCUUUUACACACGGGCCGGACAGAAUGUAAACACACCGUUAAGAACUUUAUUUUUGCAAAUAUCUCAAGAUAUUGAAAUACAUUUACAAAAGUCUUUAGUGAAUAAAAGACCGUUUUCCUUGCAGUUUGUGCCGAUACCUCAAGGUAUACGAAUAAUUCAUUGAUUACGUAUGAAAUCGUUGACAAAAUUUCACAUUGCCUCUAGCAUAGCCUUGUUACUGUAGCAUAGCCUUGUUACUGUACAAUGAAUGCAUGCCUGUAGCAUUGCCUUGUUACUGAACAAUGAAUGCAGUAGAUACCGAAUUUUUGAAAAAGAACGCAGGCUUAUUAAAUAAAGCUAUUCCGAUAUAUUUAACAGCGCCAUAAGCAGCAUAAAAAUCUUUCUUUUAUGCACUCGUUGAAAAUUUUAAGAAAAAAAUUUUUUUUUUAAGUUAUUUGAAAUAAAGCACCACUUACCCCCCUGUAUAUUUCCAUUUUAGUUAAAGGGGUGAUCCCAACAAAGUCACGUGAUCCUUCACCCUGUAUAUGGGGACGCUAACUCAAUUGGUAAAGCUGGCCAACAAAUCGAAACAUCGCGGGAUUAAAAUAUCCAUUCCAAUGUGCGGGCUUUAGUCUUGAAUGUAUUUCUAAGACCAUACACGUCUAGCCUCGAAUCAAGUAAGGCAUAUCUCAGCAUAAUGACGUACGUAAUUUACGUAGUAAGAGUAUGCGCGCUUAAUUGGUAAACAUGCUAUGCUACGUCUCCCCUAUCAAAGUUGGCGCUACGAUUGAAAUCGUGAUCUUAAUAGUGAUCUUACCGUGGUGAUCGUAUAAGAUCGGAUAGGAAAUUAUCAGACCUUAAAGUCUAUUAUUUCAAUCGAAGAAAUUGUGGAAUUUUGUAAUGGUUAAAACUUUAACCAUUAACACGAUUAACAGCGAACCAUUGUUUUACGGGGUGAUAUUAUCAAAUCGUAUUGUUAUGUAACAGCAUACGACCGAUCUAUUCGUACUUCCAUUUUGUGGUUAUCGUCGUCGAAUUUGUGCAGAAUAAAGUCAUUCUUUCUUUUAAAAUCUUUUACGAAAUAUAUGUUUUCGAUGGAGCUACACUCAUUCGGGUCCAGUCGUAACUCUCUUUCGUGAUUACAUGCUAUUUAAUCGUGAAAAUGAUCGCUACUAUUGUCGUAUUGUAGCGAAAAUGACCGCACCGAUUCUUGAUAAAAGUAGGGUAACACUCGCGUGGCGAUUGUUUAAGACAAGCAUCGACUAACUUGAACACUCCCAUCGGACCGCAUGUCAUCGUAUCUGAGUUGGAGAUACAUGUAUAUGAAACAUCAUUUAUAUACAAUUCUAAGAUCUCACAAUCAAAAUUUUGAAAUACUAAUCCAGAUGAUCAAAUUUAAUCAUUGAUUUUGUCGCUGUACACUUGACUUCAUAUUGCAAAAAAAGUUAAGGAUCGGCACAGAAAAUGAGGGUCGGUCGGGUUAGUGGAAAAAUCGCUGUAAUGUGAAUGAGUAUGUUUACAUUGCUGCACAGAUCUUAAGGUAGAGCUCAUUUUGAAUGCCAAUUUUUCAAUAAAAUGAGACCAUUUAUUUCUUGAACAACUUUAAUGACCAGACAGAUCAAAUGAUGAUUAUAAAUUUGACAAAGAGUGCAAUCAUGUGAAAAUAAAACAAAUUGCUACACACAUUUUUAAAUAAAUGAUAAAAAAAUGAAAAAUAACGAUGUCAACAUGUUUUAGACAUUGUUUUUUGUUUAUUGAAUUAUCAAUUGCAUAAUUGUAAAACAUAUGGUUAUUUUGUAUGACUCUCUGUUAAUUGAAUUGAAUAUGAUGUUGUGGUUGUAUUACUUGCUGCAUGAUGGU